CGCCCCCUACAAAACAAAAACAAAUUGAGCCCCUGCAGUACGUUAAACGUAGACUAACUCAAAGUGGUACACAUAUGUAGCAUGUCAAGACGUACAAAAAACGUCAUUGGAGCCAUACCCCAAACCCAACAGGGAGUCUGCCAUUUUGUAUUGAAUGUUCGAAAUUAGUGCGAUUUUGGCCAUUUCCACAUGUCGUACUUUAACGAACUCCUCCUAGAAAUUUCAUCCGAUCAACUUCAAAUUUGGUCUGUGCCAAAUCGAGGCACCAAUCACAACCGUUGUGGCAGACUUUACGCGAUGACAAUAGCGCCGCCGCGACAUUAGAGGAGAUUUUUAACAUAACAAAGAUGGCUACCGCCGUGGAACACCUGGAACAUCACUCGUUCGAAUCAGCUAUCGCGUCUGUUUUAAGUGAUUUGAACGUUUCCUUUUUGUUAAAAACCGAGCAAAGAACAACACUCGAAGCCUUCAUAUCUAAAAAAGAUGUUUUUGCGGUCUUCCCGACUGGAAUCGGCAAAAGUCUGAUAUAUAAGCUUGCCCCAUUGGUGGCUAAACAAAUGGGUCUUAGCGAGACCCCCCUGGUAGUGGUUAUUUCUCCGUUGGUAGCCCUCAUGGAGGAUCAGGUCAAGGAAGCCACCAAGCUUGGACUCUCAGCCUUACAACUUGGCACUGACAAUGGAGAAUUAAUUCGAACCAGUCGAUGCCAGCUGAUAUUCGGCAGUCCUGAGUCCUGGCUCCUCAGCACGAAAUGGCGAGAGAUGUUGUGCAGCAAAGUGUUUCGGGACAACCACGUGGGGAUUGUGGUGGACGAGGUCCAUCUGACCUACAAAUGGGGGAAAGCUGCAAAAGGAGAGAAGGCCUUCAGAGAGAGCUUUGCCAGGCUGAGGGAUACUCAGAUCUAUUGUAAAACCAGGGACACCUGUGUUGGCAUUGACCACAUCUGCUGAUUUAGAAUCCAGAGCAAUUGUGAAGAAACAGCUAAAUCUGGACAACGCUACCACCGUGACUGUGAGCCCCAAUCGGACAAAUUAUGGACUCAUUCUCUGGACUGCCUGGAUUGGUUAAUUAGGUUAAGGAGAAGGGCCUAACCAUGUCACCAGUAAUAAUUUAUUGCCGCACAUUGAAGGCAGUUGGGCGAGUGUUCUGCCAUUUGAAAGAAGAACUGGGAGAGGAUGCCUGGGUUGACCAGAAAUAUAAAGUUGAAAAUCUAAUCAUAGGUAUGUUCUAUACACUCCCUCUGAACAAAAAAAGGGUUCUAUCCUCAUUUACUGGGGAGGGUAACAGAGUUGUUGUGGCAACAACUGCUCUGGGGAUGGGUUUAAACUUUCCCAAAAUUUGACAUGUCGUCAUGUAUGGGGUACCGGAGGAUGUGGACUGGCAGAGAUGGGUCACAGUCCCAUACUAUUGUCUACGCCAUCAAACAGUACACAAGAGCUGACGAGGCUGUGCCCAGAUUAAUUAAUCAAAGUAGUGUUAACUGCUUUCGAAAAGCCCUGUACUCCCACUUUGAAAAAAAUUUAGCAAUUGUGGAACCUGGACAUUUUUGCUGUAUCUACUGCCAUUCAUUGUGUACUUGUAACGCUGGCAGUUGUGCGGUGCCAGCCCACAAAUACAAAUUGUUACAAGAGGAGAUUUCUACACCUGUUAAAUGUAGAAAAGUUACGCCAGAGGAGCAAGAGUUAAUUAUAGAUCUUUUGGAGAAAUACAGGGAAAGUUUAGUUUUGGAGAACACAGUUAUACACCAUAAAAACAGCCUGCACUGGAUUUGGCACAGAGUUUAUCAAUUCAGUUCUAGAACAAAGCACUGAAAUAUUUGACUUCACAUAUAUUAUGCAGAAUCUCCCCGUGUUUAAUAAAUAACAUGCCCAAGAAAUUCUGAGGAUAAUUCAUGAGGUAUGUGGUGACUUUGAGUACUUUGUGUCUGCUUCACCUCAGGAUAGUUUUUUGCUACUAGAUAUGGAUUACACAGGCUACUUUGAUAAGGAGGAUGGGGAGUGUGAUCAUGUGCUAACACCACACAGCAGCUCUGAAUUUGGCUUGUCUGUGCUUAGCUCAGACUAGAUAUGGAACUAAUGUAAAAAUUGUAAAUAACUGUAAAUAAAGUU